AACUGACAGUUCUUUUAAUGUGUCUCCUUCCUCUAGAGCCCAGGAUCAAUUCCAGUAAUGAGGUGACCAUCGUUUCCCCUUCAGUUCCUAUCAUACUGCAGUGCAACCUCACAACGAGCCCCAGCCCCCUCGUUCGCAGUUAUUGGGUAAAAAACGGAGAAGAGGUCCCGGGUGCCGUGAAGAGUACCAAUUCAACAGAAUUCAAAAUCCCAAAGCCCAGAGCAGAUGACUCGGGGGAGUAUUGGUGUGUAUUUGUGUUCUCUGGCUCCCAGAUAGCAAAUGCUACAAUAGAAGUGAAAGCUGCUCCUGAUAUUAUUGGGCACAAGCGAAGUGAGAACAAGAACGAAGGGCAGGACGCAGUGAUGUAUUGCAAGUCUGUAGGCUACCCACACCCAGACUGGAUUUGGUUUAAAAAAAUCAAUGGAAUGUCUAUGGGGAUUGACAACACUUCCGGUCGCUUCUUCAUUACCAACAAAGAGAAUUACACUGAACUCAGCAUUGUGAAACUCGAAAUCAAUGAAGAUCCCGGUGACUAUGAAUGCAACGCCACCAACUCAGUGGGCACAGCAGCUGAAAUUACCAUCCUGCGUGUGCGUAGCCACUUGGCUCCUCUGUGGCCCUUCCUGGGAAUCCUGGCAGAGAUCAUCAUUCUCGUUGUUAUCAUUGUUGUUUAUGAGAAAAGGAAGCGGCCCGAUGAGGUUCCAGAUGAUGAUGAACCAGCUGGGCCAAUGAAAACUAAUUCCACAAACAACCAUAAAGAUAAAAAUCUACGUCAGAGAAAUACAAAUUAAAAGCCGUGCUUAUAGCUUUACGUUUGAGAGACUGAUAGAACUAUCACCUGCUAGACUGAAUUCAGAUGGUUGAUUUUCAAACUUCAUUUUUCUCUGAUGCUUUUCUUUCAAGUGAGCAACAAUGACUGUCUCAAGCAUGCCUUAUUUAGUCAAUACUUUUACUAAUGCUUCAGAAUAGAGGAUGUAAACUAUUCUGGGCUUAAUGUGCUGUGGGAAUGUUGCUUUUUUCCUUUGAGAGCAUUAAGUAUUACAGUAAAAAGUCCAAUCAUGCAUGCAGCAAUUUUUUACUUAAUGUAGCUGUUCAAAUUAGCUCUGAAAUGCACCUGCUGCCAUCUAGUGAGAACCUUUUGUAAAGUACAGCAAAACCUAAAAUAUAUAUACAGUAUAUAUUUAUAUUUGGAGGGUGGGGAAACCAGACUACAGUGAGUAUUUGAUUUUUAAGCUGCUAAAUUCAUUCCUUAUAUUGUGUGUCUGAGAGAAUUAUGUCCAGUAUGUAGGAGGAAUAAUGUAAAUUGACAUUUAUCCUAAGGGCUCAAUCUGU